AUGGCUUUGCUUCGUUCCGCAUCCCUGCGUGCGAGCCUUAGUGCCGCUCGUGCAGUCAGUGUGCUACCCCGAGCCCUUGGUGUCGCCAGCCAAGCUCCCACGGCUCCAAUGGCCUUGGCACCAUCGUCGCCGCUGAGCGCUUCCACCCCUCUCCCAGGUCUCGGCGCCCCGCUGACGAAGCGCCAUGCGGGAGUCUCCGUCUUGGGCUGCGCCAUCGCCAUGGUGGCUGUUGGCGGUUGUGCGCAGGGCAUUGGCCAGCUUUUCGCGGCGCUGGUGGUGGGCAUGGCACGCAACCCAUCCAUGAAGGAGGACCUCUUCACCUACACGCUGAUUGGUAUGGGCUUCCUGGAGUUCUUGGCCAUUGUGGUCAUCCUGAUCGCGGGCCUUCUCCUGUACUCGGAGAGAGGAAAAGUGCAUCAAAGGGCAUCUGCUUUGCUGCAGCUUGCGUGGGCCUUUGACCCAGCCUGUGCAAAGAACCGCAAGUUCUGCACCAAGGAGCUGAAGCCGCUUCCGCGUACGUUCUUUGCGUAUCCGGCACAGAACCCGGCGCACCAGUUCAAGUACUUCACACAGCGCGCCUCCUGGUUGUCCCGCUUCGAAGUUUUCAGCGAUGUGUUCAUUUCUGCAUGCCAGGCGGAUUGGGAUGAGUUCGACGAUCCCAAUACGGUGAUCACAAAUAUGCUGGUCAUCUUGUGGGUUGGGUCUUUGUGGCUACUUGUAGCAGACCUUCAGUUCACGGCCCGUGCGUGCCACCGGAUCGCAGUAGCAGCAGCACCAGCAUAUGCAGUCAAGGAUGAGCAGGAGACGAUUCGCCACAAGCAGAAGCAGGCGCAGCUGAAGAAGAAGGAGGCGAAGAAGCAGCGAGGCGCGAGCUCGCUGGCGCAGCCGGUGUGCAGGACCGGCGAGCCUGCCGAGGAGGAGCAGCAGGAACUCAAGCCCAGGCUUCCGGACAGAACGCAUCUGACAUUGGAGGAGUACUUUGGAGCAUGCCCUGCUGGGGUCUUCAAGCAAGCCGGCUUGAAGGCGUGUGAGGAGAGCCUCGCCCUCCUCCUCAGCUUGGAUUUCGAACAGGUCGUCGGCCGCUUCGGUGACGGUUCGCCCGUGCGGCUCUCCAGCUUCAACUACUUUCAGUUUGAUGGCAGUGACAGCGAGAUCUGGGACCCCACUUUUCUGGCCCGCCUGGCCUACGAGGGCUUCUUCACCAUCACCACUGGCAGGAGAAGGGAGCGUGAGCCGCUGCCUGAGCUGCAGCCUUACUACGGCGUGCUCGACUGGCAGCACUUCAACCAGUCGAAGCCGGUGAGGAAAGCCCUCAGAAGGGUCAGGGCCGACACGCCCCGACGGUAUUACCUCUACUGCGAUCGAGAUCUGGAGGCCACGUACAAGCAGCUGGACAGCUACCAGAAGGGGCAGCAUGGUGAGAACUGGAUGACCUGGAAGUACCUCCAAGCCUUUCGCCGUGCAAGCGACGAUCCGAAGAUCAACUUCCGCCUGCAUUCCAUCGAGCUCUACGAUGGCCCGCUGCCCCAAGCAGGAGCGGCCGCGGCAGAUCGGCCCAACUUGAUUGCCGGUGAGAUUGGGUACUCCAUUGGCAAGAUCUACACGAGCCUGUCUGGAUUCAGCACUCGAAAUGCCGAUGGCCUGGGAUGGAUACAGCUGGCGUGCCUGGGCAAAUGGCUGGAGGAGAAGAAGUACGCCUUCUGGAGUUUGGGGCACUGCUACAGCCCGCACAUGGAGUACAAGAGGCAACUGGGACACCGGAUCUACACCAGGGAGGAGUUCCUCCAGAGGCUCAAGCGCGAACGAGGAGCUUUCCGAUGUUCGCAAGACGAGCUCUCACACCAGCUCAGCAAGGGCGAGGAGUUUGAUGUCGACGCUGUGCUGGCAGGCCAAGCCUAUGGGCUCCAAAGGACACAGCGAGUGCCCUUGGAAGUGACUGAGCCAGUCCAGGCAGUUCCCGGCAAGCUGAAGCAAGGCUACGGGGACGCAGUCUGCCAAGUUCUGCACACCUUGUUCAAGGAGGUGCUUCGGCGUUUAAACUUCGAGUUCCUGGCUCCGAGCUAUCCUGAUGAGGGCCUGGCCGACGAAGCGGACGUGGACAGUGAUGCAGAGAUCCACUCCGUCGGCGAGGACGAAAUGCCAGGAGAUGGCGAGGAGGAUGACCUCAUGUAUCAGGAGGAUGCCCCAAAGCCGCCGCCGGAGGAGGAGCACGAGCACCAGGUGCUCCAGGCCAACGUGGACCCAAAAGAGUGGCUCCUGGAGGUGGAGCGGGUCUCGGCCAAGCUAAAAGUCACCAUGCCCAACGACUCCAAAGAAUGGAGGACGCACCUUCAGCAGACGAAGGGCUACAAACAGGUCAUUGAGACGCAGUUUCCUUCUUCCAAGGCCGCGCGCCCAGACAACGUUCACCUUGCAACACAUGAGAGCAAGGGACGCGUGCUUGUGGCAUGCCGAGACUUUGGGCCGGGGGAAAUAAUCUUUCAAGAGCCUUCCUUUGUGUUUUCCGUCCAUGGUGAUGUCAAGCACGCUCGUGAUCAGAAGUUAUGCAUCGGCUGCGCCCGGCCUGUCUUCAGCCCAUAUGGUGGCGGGAAGGACGUGCACAAGCUCACGUGCCAGUGCAAGUUCAAGUUUUGUUCCGAGGAUUGUCCAGGCAGGCGCAGCGGCCUCCACGACGCUGAGUGCAAGGUGUUGCGGAAGGCGCCUUGGCCAGUUGAACCCUGGAAGAUCAUGUUUUGCUGCCGCGCGCUGCAGAUGCAGAAGCAUCCCCAGGCAUGCAGGCAGUGGAAGUCGUUCAUGAAGCAUGGCGACCUGGGUGUGGAUGACAUGAUGGCUUUUCCGACCUCCGCAGUUGUCGACGCAUUUCAAGGUACCGUGUCCAGCGAGGAUGUGCAGGCUGUCCUUCAGGUCAAUGCAACGAACUCAUGGGAACUGGUGCCGAACUUUCCGAUGGACGCAGCUGUCCGGUAUGGCUUUGACGUCGCCAAGUGGCCUGUGUGCUAUGUGUCAGUCCAGGGCCUAGCAACAUUCUUGGGGCCGAUGCUUAGCAAGGUCGAGCACAGCUGCGCCCCCAAUGCCCAUCCCACGGCAUGGUUUUCAAGCACCGGAGUGCCUCAGUUGAUUUGCCGAGCGGCAACUAGGAUAAGAGGAGGAGAGCCAAUCUCCAUUUCCUACAUGAACCAUGCCUGCCUCGUAGAAGCAAGCUUUCACCGUGUUCCUCGCAUGCUGAAGACGAAGAAGUUCACAUGUACGUGUCAACGGUGUUUGGACGUGACAGAUGGCGGAGCCUUCACGGGCUCUCUCAAGUGCUCUUACUGCAAUCAGGGCUAUACAGUGCCUCAGGCUCAAAAACUCGAAGCCAGAGAGACAGAGUGGAUGUGCAACUCAUGUUGCAAGCCUGAUCGCAGCGAAGGGAUCAACACCCGAGUGUUUCAGGAGCAUGAGGCCGCCAUGAGAAGUGUCACUUCGGCGAUGCCACUUGCCGCACGGAGGCAGGUGCAUGCACAGCUACAAAGCAUGCUUCAGCGCCAUCAGUCCAGGUUGCACGGAUCUCACUAUGUCGUGUACAACAUCAACCACUCCAUCUCAGUCAUGUUCGGUCUCAUCUCUCAGCCCCUACUGCCUGAAGAUGGAAGAGCCCUGUAUGCGGCAUCCAUGGCCAAUGCGCAGUUGCUGAUGAAGCUAAUCGGCGGCUCCUCCGAGGAACUGGCCAUGCUUUACUUCCACGCAGCACGGGGCCUUGCAAGUCAGUCUACACAAAAGGAGGAGAGGCCCUGGCAGGCUCAUUUCAACAGAGUGGCUGACAUGCUGUCGCUGGCCGUGGAUCAUUAUGUAGCAACCCUUGGUGAGGAACAUGAUCUCACAGACACCGCGAAGGCCUUUCGCAAAUUUUGCAAGGAGUUCGUUGACAUUGGGCCAGAUCUGGUCAAGGGGAUGGGCCAGCAUCCAGACACGGCGUUUCAUAUCUUUCUCGGGCAAGAGCUCGCAGACUAUAUGAUUUAUGGAAGCUGA